CGACAACACCUGACCGUUGGGAAAACUCAGAAACAAGUUCUACCGCGACGGUCAUUUCUCCUUGCAAGACCCUCCGUCCCCAAAGACAAAACCUUGGCCCUGCACGGCUGCGCCUCCCUUUUCCAUUUGGUCGAACCAAAACAAUGGGAAGACUUCGAACAAAGAGUGACUACGAAGACCUCCGAAAUGCAAGAAUCUUAGAAAACCAGGCUCGCUUGGCAUCACUGGGACUGCAAAAAGCAGUCUCCGUACUCCGGUCAAUUGCUUCGUCGGCAAAACCUGCGAAGUCGAAGACCCAAGUUAGAGAAUACAAUAAAAAAGACAACAAGAUCACGCCUUUGCGUCGCUCCGAUCGUUUGAAGCAGACAACUGCCACCGCCGACGUCACGCGCAAGCAAAUUUCGCGGCGCCGGUCUGAACGCUUAAGAGGAAAAGAAGUGGGUGGUGUUUCAGAGGAGAGUGAAGAGAGAUAUCCUAGAUAUGGAAGAGAAGGGAGAAGGCCUGCAAACAAGCCUGUGGUGAAAGUAAGUGGUUUGGAGCUUCAUCUGUCGCCUGAAGAUUCUGCCCGGCGUUGCAAAAGCAAGGGAAGGGGCAGCGUCUAUAACCCUGUGUUUGGAAUUUCUUGCCACUACUGCAGGCAAAAGACAUUGUGUGUUGAAGAGGAUUGCAAGAGAUGUGGUAGUUUUGACAUGGAUCAACCAUGCAUAGGGAAGACAGAUUGUUCAGUUUGUCAUUCUAGCUAUGGUGUUCUCUGUCGAGCUUGUCUCAAGGUUAGGUAUGGUGAAGAGAUGGAGGAGGUGAGAAAGAAUAAGGAAUGGAUGUGCCCUCACUGUGUAGAAGAAACUGGAUUGUUACCCUACUGGAUAUGUAACAGUUCACUUUGCCUAAGGAAGCGAAAGAUGUCUCCAACUGGCCUAGCAAUAUACAGAGCUCGGGAGAUGGGAUACAAAUCUGUGGCACAUCUACUAAUGGAUGAGCUUCUUCAACGAGCAAACAAGAGCAGAAGAUAAGGAUUUCCUUUUCUAAAAAAGAUAAUGAUGUACUGAAGUAGAGCAACAGAUCAGCAAUAGAAGCAUAGAACUGACUGUUUUUAUUGCUUCUAAAAUCAGUUGUAUUGUUCUUAUGACAAAACUGUACACAUCUGUGGCUUCGAAUGUGUAUUGGAACUCAAGCACUUGCAUGUUGCAAUCUAAAUCCAUUUUGUACAGUGUAAUUAUUUGGCCAUGAAAAGUAGAAGCUUAAAAAAAAUACAAAGGGCAAUGAGUGUGUUGAAGACCAGAAAGACCCAUCAUUUCUAGAAUGCAAUGAAAUGAAUCAGAGGUUUGAGCAGCCAAAAGCUUGACACAGGUGUCCUUGAUCAAGUAAUGCCUCAAUCUACUCAACCUUGGUUUGCAUGUUUGAAUCAAAGUUCAGGAAAGUGAUUAAAGAUAAUGUU